GGAAACCCAGAGACACCUUCACCAUGCCAUCAAUGGCUUACAUUUCUCUCUCCAAACCCUCCCAAUGGCGUCGCCGCCUCUCGAACCCCCAUUCCUUCCCCCUCCUCCGCUUCUUCUGCUCCACCGAAACCCUAAACCCAACUCCCGAAUCCCAAUCCGGAUCCUCCGACGCCCUACCCGGAACCUCAGACCCCCAAAUUGAAAUCACCACCGUAACCGCUCCACCUCCGCCGCCUCAAACGCCAAUGCCCAGGAAGAUGCGGCGAGCUCGCAACCCGGAAAAGACCGAGGACAUUAUCUGCAAAAUGAUGGCGAAUCGGGCCUGGACGACCCGGUUGCAGAACUCGAUCCGCGAUUUCGUACCGGAGUUUGAUCACAAUCUCGUCUGGAAUGUCCUCCACGGCGCCAAGACAUCCGAUCAGGCCCUCCAAUUCUUCCGAUGGGUCGAGCGUUCCAGGUUGUUUCAGCAUGAUAGGGAGACCCAUUUGAAAAUUAUUGAGAUUCUAGGCCGGGCUUCGAAGCUCAACCAUGCCCGGUGUAUUCUUCUGGAUAUGCCUAAGAAGGGUGUGCAGUGGGAUGAGGAUCUCUUCAUUCAUCUUAUUGAUAGUUAUGGCAAGGCCGGGAUUGUUCAGGAGUCGGUCAAGCUUUUCAAUCAGAUGAAGGAAUUGGGUGUUGAGCGGAGUUUGAAGUCGUAUGAGGCUCUGUUUAAGAGUAUUUUGCGGAGGGGGCGGUAUAUGAUGGGGAAGAGGUACUUCAAUCACAUGUUGGCGGAGGGGAUAGAGCCUACUAGGCAUACUUAUAAUAUUAUGAUUUGGGGUUUCUUCUUGUCCUUGAGGUUGGAGACUGCAAAGCGGUUUUUCGAGGACAUGAAAAGUAGAGGAAUUAGUCCUGAUGUCGUCACAUACAACACAAUGAUUAAUGGCUACAAUCGGUUUAAGUUUAUGGAUGAGGCCGAGCAGUUGUUUGUAGAGUUGAAGGGAAAGAAUAUACAGCCUAAUGUUAUAAGUUAUACUACCAUGAUUAAAGGGUAUGUUUCUGUUGGGAAAGUGGAUCAUGGAUUCAGGCUGUUUGAAGAGAUGAAGUCUUUUGGAAUUAAGCCUAAUGAUGUCACGUUUUCGACUUUAUUGCCUGGGCUCUGUGAUGCAGAGAAAAAGGAUGAAGCUCAGAAUUUAUUAAAUGAGAUGGUUGCCAGGCAUAUUGCUCCCAAGGAUAAUUCAGUCUUUGAGAAACUGUUAUAUUGUCAGUGUAAGUCUGGAGAUUUAGAUGCGGCUGCCGAUGUGCUCAAGGCAAUGAUUAGGCUGCACAUUCCGACUGAGGCUGGUCAUUAUGGUAUCCUUAUUGAGAACUUUUGCAAGGCUGGGAUGUAUGAUCGAGCAAUUCACUUGCUUGAUAAGCUCAUUGAGAAAGAAAUUAUUAUGAGGCCCCAGAGUUCUAUGGAAUUGGAGGCUAGUGCUUACAAUCCAAUGAUUGAGUAUCUGUGCAACCAUGGCCAGACAGAUAAAGCUGAAGUCCUUUUCAGGCAGUUGAUGAAAAGGGGUGUUCAGGAUUCAGUUGCCUUCAAUAAUUUGAUCCGUGGGCAUGCUAAGGAAGGAAAUUCUGAUUCUGCUUUUGAGAUUUUAAAGAUUAUGGGUAGAAGAGAAAUUCCUAGAGAAGCAGAUUCCUACAAGUUGCUUAUCAAGAGCUACCUGAGUAAAGGUGAACCAGCUGAUGCUAAAACAGCCUUAGACAAUAUGAUUGAAAGUGGGCAUGUUCCAGAGUCAUCAGUAUUCAGGUCAGUAAUGGAGAGUCUAUUUGAAGAUGGUAGAGUUCAAACGGCAAGCCGUGUAAUGGUGAGUAUGUUAGAGAAGGGAGUGAAUGAGAAUAUGGAUUUAGUUGCCAAGAUUUUAGAAGCCCUCUUUAUCAGAGGUCAUGUUGAGGAAGCACUUGGACGGGCUGAUCUACUUAUGCAGAAAGGGUGCGCUCCUGAGUUUGAUAACCUCUUAUCUGUUCUUGCGGAAAAAGGAAAGACCAUUGCAGCUGUUAAGCUACUAGAUUUUUGCCUUGAGAGAGAUUGCAUGGUAGAUUUUAAAAGCUAUGAUAAGGUGUUGGAUGUUCUCUUAGCAUCAGGAAAGACUCUAAAUGCAUACUCAAUUUUGUGUAAAAUAAUGGACAAAGGAGGGGUCACUGAUUGGAGGAGCAUAAAUGAUCUGAUUAAGAGCCUCAAUUUAGAGGGUAACACAAAACAAGCUGAUGUGCUCUCCAGAAAGAUAAAGGGAGAGGAGGAGCAAUCAGGUCGAAGUAGAAAGGGGAAGAAGCAAGUUUCUGUGGCUUCAUGAUCUUCAUAGAUUCUUCAAGCCAUCCAGGACUGAGUGCUUGACAGCUUAAAAAUCAAUGGAAGAGCAAUGUUGCAAGCUCAGCAUUUAGGACCAAUAGGAUGGGUGCUUAAAGUGCUUCUCUGCAGCAUUAGAUAUCGGCAUAUAGAGAAAUCGGGUAGCUUCCUCUUAUUGCUGGAUUAUAUGUCCUAGCAACCAGCUAUUUUGGUCCUUUUGCUUCAAGAAGUUUGCAGUUAGUUAUUUUCUGCUUAUGCCCUGGUUUACUGUCAGUUUCAUACAUCAUUGUUUACUGUGAGGUUUUAGCAUUGCAAGUUGAAAUUAUGGCAUAAAAAAUUCAAAUAAAUGCAGCCCGUUUCUACUGUG